UAAACCGACGACAAGUAUCAUAUCUAGCAAAAAGCGAAAAUCAUCUUGCAUCCCGCAAAGAAUAACUGAAAAACAAUGGCCAAUGUGGAAGGACUUUACAAGGAACUGACCGCCGAAUGGGCGAAGCGACCACCAAACACCGCCAGAUGUGGCCAACUUCUGGAUCAACUGAAGGUAGCCCUGGUGAAAAUGGCCUUUCUGCCCACGGACGGAAACGACGCACAGAGUUCCAAGAAACAAUUGUUGCUGGCUAGGAGUGUCCUCGAGGUCGCCGUGGAGCACAGCGUACUUACCAAGGAUCUCCUUGCCUUCGAGCGCUAUAUGGCGCAGCUAAAGUGCUACUACUAUGAUUACGCGAAAAUCAUUGGCGAAUCGGAGAGCAAGUACAAGCUGCUGGGCUUGAAUUUGCUUUACCUUCUGUCCGGCAACAGGGUAUCCGACUUCCACACAGAACUGGAAUUGCUCUCUGUGGAUGUCAUUCAGCACAACCAGUUCAUCCGCCCGAUCCUGGCUUUGGAGCAAUACAUAAUGGAGGGGCGCUACAACAAGAUUUUCCAGGCCAAAUCAACCGUGCCCGCCGAGGUUUAUAGCCACUUUAUGGAUUUGCUCGUGGAAACUGUGCGCGACGAGAUUGGUGCCUGCAUAGAGAAAUCAUACGACAAGAUUUCUGCCAAAGAUGCGGCCAAGCGGCUUAACCUGCGCGUUCCUGACGAAAUUAAGGCCUUUGGCGAGAAGCGCCAGUGGAAGUUGGAAACCAACGGCGAAUAUAGCUUCACGGACCGCAGCGUCAAGCCGAAGGAGCUUCUGCCAUCUGAAGAACUAGCCGAGCAGGUGCUCAGCUACGCUCGGGACCUCGAGAUGAUAGUCUAAGUUAAAAGAGAAAAGCUUACACCUUUUAAUUUUUGGUUAAGAUACACCGGCUUAAAGUUAAUAAUAAAAAUAAAAUAAAGCUAAACGCUUAAAAAUAA